GUUAAACAGAAAGAGCAGCCCAAUCUUCAAAAUCUCAACUGCAAGAAGAACACUCUCCUUCUGCUUCUGAAUCUUUUUGGGCGUUUGAUUUUCGUUUCUCGGUGCCUUUCUUCUCCAUAGCUAUCCAUUGCACGAGUGGCUUUCUUGCCCUUUGUUCUGCUGCUUUUCGCUCUCCAUUUCUUCUUAUUUCCAUUUCCGCACCCAUUUCUUGCUGUUUGAUUCUUCUUUUCUCGAAUUCAAGCUUUGUAAGGGGCUCUGGAUUCAAGCAAACAUGGAUAGAGGAGCGGCUUACAAUCCUCGGACUGUGGAAGAGGUUUUCAGGGACUUUAAGGGCCGUCGUGCCGGAAUGAUUAGAGCUCUCACCACCGAUGUUGAAGAAUUUUAUCAGCAGUGCGACCCUGAGAAGGAAAACCUCUGCCUAUAUGGGUUCCCUAAUGAACUGUGGGAAGUUAAUUUGCCUGCUGAGGAAGUACCUCCAGAGCUUCCGGAACCAGCAUUGGGUAUUAACUUUGCUAGAGAUGGGAUGCAAGAAAAGGAUUGGCUGUCCCUUGUUGCCGUUCAUAGUGACGCAUGGCUUCUAGCUGUGGCUUUCUAUUUUGGUGCUAGAUUUGGCUUUGAUAAGUCUGACAGGAAACGACUUUUUACAAUGAUAAAUGAUAUGCCCACAAUCUUUGAGGUCGUGACGGGAGGUGUGAAGAAACAGGGAAAAGACAAGUCGUUAGUUUCAAAUAACAGCAGCAACAAAUCCAAGACAGGCUCAAAAGGGCGAGGAUCUGAGGCAAGCAAAUUGUCGAAGGGUUUAGCAAAAGAAGAGGAUGAGGGACUACUAGACGAGGAAGAGGAGGAGGAGCACGGGGAGACCUUAUGCGGGGCGUGCGGGGAAAACUAUGCAUCGGACGAGUUCUGGAUAUGUUGCGACCUAUGUGAGAAGUGGUUCCACGGGAAGUGUGUGAAGAUCACUCCUGCAAGAGCCGAACAUAUCAAGCAAUACAAAUGCCCCUCGUGCAGCAAUAAGCGAGCACGGCCCUGAUAAUGGUGGGUACCUUCUUAAUUUUGUUCAUGUUGGAUUAAGCUAGCUUGUAGUCAACGUUAAUCCAUGUUCCCAGAGGAGGGUAUGUACUAAAUGCGUUAGCUUGGAACCCUGUUUAUCCAGGUAGUCUAUAGGUUAUUAAAAUGUUUUCUAUGUAAUUCCAAACUGGGAUACAUGGAUUGUACUCUAUGUACGAACCUGUUCCAUUAUCUUUUUUAAUGUUCCUGAUCUGCUACGCCCUGUUCCAUCAUGCCAGUAGCUUUUCUUCU